CAAACUUGUUUCUAUGUGUCUUGUCAAAGUCAAAACAUGAAAGUUUACAAGUUGUAUGAAUUGCGACGUUAUUAUGCCAGAGUAUCAUCAUUAGCAUUUGCUUUCGACACUUUCGUGGUUCUUAUAAUUACGAUAAUACCAUGGAUCAUCUCGUAUGUAACGGGUUUCAUGUACAUAAAUUCUUAUGCUUUCCCAGAGAAACCUCUGAUAUCGUUCGACGGAAACAUGCUCCUUUUUCUCCAGAAGAGUGAUGGUUUUCUUUAUUAUGAUAACAUACCACAAAAGGAAACCAACCAUCUAUUGAAAUCUUCGCUUAGGCUACCUCAAAUCAGUUACUACAAUUCUAAAAAUAAAAACAUCAAUGAAGAAGUGGCAGUUAAUAUUAAUAUCAAGUUUCCUCUGUCGCCGUCGGAAAAAAUAAUUGGUCUCACUAUUGUACUAUUGGUUGAUGUUACCUUGUUGCGUUUUUACAAUAAACUAGAAAAGGUUCCAGUAUUUAUAAACAAAGUUUUUCGGUCACAUACUAGUGGAUUUCUAUAUUCUGGGGACCUUUUGUGCUUUCGGAAAUACUUGUUACCUUCUACACAAGCUAGUACUUAUUAUGAAACCAAAACGAUUCCAAGCAAAAUCUUUGAGCUAUCAUCAAACAUCUCAAGAGCUGGAUACUACUUACUUGAAGAUAGAAUAAGUGUACCUAUAAUACGCGAAAGUCUUUCAAGUACUUUUGAUAUAGAACUCUCUGUGUACUUCUCCUCUCUAAGAAUCAGUGAUCCGAUCAAGGUCAAUAGGAUUGAAAAUGUUUGAUUGAAAUCACCAACCAAUUGGAAUCGAAUGAAGAUAUAAGAAAUAUUUUAUAAAAGUAUAAGCUUUAUGACAUUAUUGAAGCAUUUUCAGCUGAUGAUUUGUAGUAAAGAUGAUUUUCUGGCUAUCGGUUUCAAAAUGUUAACUACUUGAAUUUCUCCAACUUUGCUAUAAUAAUUCAUUUCUAGUUAAUGCAUUUUAUAAUUCCUUGCAUAAUAUAUUAUUAUUAUUAAUAUUGUCUUAUAGUGCUAAUCCAGGAUUUUGGUAUACCAUCAAAUUUGCAUGGGUUCAAUAUUUAUCAAUUGGUUUAGUGAUUUUUUAUUUAGCUGAAAAAAUGAGAGGAUACAUUUACGAUAAACAAAUAGUCAGAACAAUUGUAAAGUCAACCAUUCCAAAAUCUUUGGAUCAAUGAAAAUAUCUACUUUGUUUUCAUUUAACAAUGAGUAAUCUAUAGCGUGGAACGACUUGGUCAAUAAAGUGAUGGAUAUCUUUGUAUUACCUUUGAAAUUUACUUUUGCCGAUUUACUUUUAGUCGGUGAAUACCUACGAUCCCAGCAAAAUUACUUAAUAAGAUUUACAUAUCUCACAGCAAGCGCAUAAAUAUCGAACAAAUCUCAGCAUAUAAUUUGGUUGACAUUUUCAACUCAAUGGCUUAUUUACGUAUAGAAUCUUAAAACUAAAUGGCGAAGCUUGCUUGAAAGUCUAGUUAAAUCACAAAAAAUAGUAUACACACUGGGAGUGUACACUUUAGUCGUGAGGUUUAUGGGUGUUAAUAAAUAUGUGGGGUGUGAAUACAGGAAAAACAAAUAUUUGAAACGUGGAAAAAAGAAUAGCAAAGUACACAGCUUUUUCGAACAGGAAUGACUAAAUUUCCUGAAAAUAAAGUUUAUUACAGGUCUUGAAAACGGUGAGAUCGUUCACGAUGGUUCAGGCUACAAAUAGUGACUAGCACAAAGUAACCAAACCAUGAAAGAUUGAAAAAUUCUUUUUCAGGUAGAAUAACGAACCAAAUUAUCGAAAGAGAAAUAUAAGCGGAUAGGAUUAUUAGUUCGAUGCAAAAAAGCGAUAUUAUUUAUCAUUUAUAAUAAGUAAUAUACCUCAAUACAAAAAGCAAGGACGAAAACACGUGGGAAUAAGUGUAUAUUUUCAGUCAUAACCACGUAUAUUAUAUUAAUAAGUUGCUCGAAUAGAUUAUCAGAAACCACUGUGAACUAAACCAAUCACGCUCAAACUCAUAAUUAAAUGUAACAGCUCUCUAAUCCAGUUCAGACAUGAUAUCCAACACUAGAAUGAAAGUUUAGUCCAGGUUUUAGUAAUACAAACUUUUACUACGGAAGCAAAUUAUAACCGUUUUCGAACAGAUACUGCCUAAAAUGAACCCGUAGCCGUAAGUUAUAACUUUCCUUUUGAAUCGAUGAAUACCGUGAGCAAGUCUCAACACCAACAGUAAGAUGCCUUAUUUAUAUAGUUGAUGAAUACCUUGGAUGAACAAACGGAGUGGUAGUAGCUAGUGGUAAUUUCUACGAAUGCAUUUCGUUAUUCCAUAUGCACUUAACAAGAAAGUAUGGUGUAACUGAACAAGUUCUCUUUCUUUUUACUUGGAAUUUGAAUUCAUGUUGUUUAUUAUAAUGUAUAAAGACGUAAAACGUAUUAUGUUAAGAUCAUAGUGUUUGAUUCGACUUGGCAAACGUACAACAGUUAACUGGAGACUUAUGGGUUCGUGUGUAGUGAACUAUAUGGUUCUGAUUGUGGAGAAUUAUUUGGCACUCUUAACAUCGUCGACACCAGCUUUAAUUACACAUAGAUAACACUUGAAAAGUUAGACGAUGGAACGGGGUGUAUAUAAUUUAUGGACGACCCUUGAGGGGUUCUGUAGUGACUUUUAGAAAAUUCACCUACUUGCUACGAUCAAAAGAUGAUCAUAAAUUAGUGUGAGGAAUUAAAAUAAGAAUUUGAAGCUAGAAGUUAGGUCUAUAAAUAACAGUUAGGAUUUGCAUCAUGAACAAACGUCAGCUAUAAUGCGAAAAUGCCAAGACUUGCUAUCUUUAAUUUCAUUAGUUCAUCCAUCAAUUACAGUCUCACCAAGAUGUGUUGUUUCUAGUAGGACAUGUAUGACGAAGUGAAGUAGAAAGGCUGACAGUGGAAAACAUAGGCGAAGUCGUACUGCUGACUGUAGAGGGCUGUGACAGCAGUAAGGAGUUUCCCUCGAACAACUAGAAUCUGCGGCGAUGCUGGCUUUUCACAAGGAAGGAAGGGGUUAGAAAAGGUCGACCCUAAAAAUGUCACACCUCACCUUACCUCACAGAUUUCUGUCUCCGGCGGUAAGCCCCUUUAAAGAACGGAGCUAACACGUCAAAAACCUCUCACAAAUAGGCCAUGCGCGACCGGCCUCAAGCAGUUGCCCCUUGGGCUCUGCGGUCACGCUCCCAGGUCGUCGAGACCAACACUAAUCCGCUUUCCUUUUCAGGUUCUUCAAGAAAUACCCUUCCACGGUGUUGGCAGCCAGGAAGUGAUAUCAGCCCUCAUACCCGUAACAGCACACGAGACCAAGUUGGUCAC